AAAAUGCAUGUUCAAACACAACUCGAAGUUUCAACAAUCACAACUUCAAAAACUCAAAUUGUCAAGUUUCAAGUUUCAACUUCAAAAUCUAUGACCAAAUGAGAGCUUAAGAUAACAAGAUUCAAAAGUUUUUUUAUUAAUUAAACUUUGCGUCAAGUGAAAAUCAGACGAACAUUUUAGGGAAAUCUUAGUAGUUCAGUUGGUUGACAACCUGAACUUUCACCUAAUUGUUAAGGGGUUCGAUUCCCCACAUUGUAAUCGCCUUCCCCAUUUCUUCUUUCCCACCCCCGCUUAAAAAAAAAAAAAAAGAGAGAAGGAGACGAACAUUUUGAACAGAGGGAGUAAAUAGUUCUCCCUUUGCAGGUAUGCCUUAGCGGUCCACUAGCCAAUCUUAUACGUGACCACGUGGUCUGGUGUGGGCUUUGUUGUCUGACCAAAUGAGUGUUGGUAGGACUAUUUGGAUCCUUUCUGGGCUGCUAACUGUAUCAUUGUGGACCUAUUUUGUCACGUGGACUUUGAUGAUCUGGCCUUCAAGAAGAAUUGCCUUAGAAUAAUGAAUCAUUCGUAAUCUCAAUUCAACCAAUCAUAUGUCUCUUCCCACGUGGGACUUAAUACCCCAUCAACUUAAUGACAUCACAUUCACCUCACUCUAAAAAAUGUAAUAGUAUUAUAUUCUACUUCAUAAUGGAGUAUCUUUUUUUUUUUUUUCAUAAUAAAAUACAAUUUUCCAUCUUUAACUUUCUCUCUAAAGUCUUCGAUCCAAAUGUAGCUUAAUCAGUUGUAAUUAUUUAGUGAAAUCUACAGUCAUUUCUUCUCCCCCAAUACCCUACUUUUACCUUAUCAUUUUCUUCUUCUUCUUCCCUCUAUUAUUAGUCUCUUCUCAUAUUCAAUAAAAAUAAAAAUUUUAAAAGUAGUCAUCGUGACAUUUUAAUUGGAUUUCUUUGAAGUAUAUACGAUGGGUGAUUCUUCCGCUCAAUACAUCCACUUGGUACAUCACUUGAUUGAAGAAUGUUUAUUGUUCAACAUGAGCAGAGAGGAAUGCAUGGAAGCACUCUCCAAACAUGCAAAUAUACAGCCAGUUAUCACCUCCACAGACAAGGGCAGAUGCUUUGUACCAAGGGCAGAUAAACUUUUAACACCAAGCAGUGUGGAAGGAGUUGGAGAAGGAGAACAAGGAGUUCUUUGAGACUUACAAGAGAAAACACAAGGAGGAAGGAUCAUCAACAAGUAAUAAUACAAAAUCCCAAAUGGAGAUAACAAGACAAAGAAUCAACAAUUUGC